AUGCCGCUAGAACACGAUUUGUGCAGCAGCGAAUCGUGCCCUUCCGAUAGUGGCCUUUCUGUGCAGCCGGACGGCGAUACUCAAUCAAAGGAUACUCUACCCAUAUCGGUUGGAGAGCUCUACGGACCCGAACUCCCGCCUAGUACCUGGCCACUCGAUCAUGUGCCGACGCCUAUCUUGAACGGUAUCACCGAUCACAUGGGGAACGAAUCCAUAGCGUGGGCAGUCAGGCUCAAGCUGGACGUUCACAGGAAAGGCAACGACCUCAACGAUUUGCGAAUCUUUAGCACGGAUCUGAAGAAUAUGUCCCUUGUUGAUUGGACAUUCCGCAACAAUGUCCUGGGUCGGCAGGUCGUCAACACCUUGAGUCUCAGGGGUCCCGAUCAUAUAGGCAAUCGUGACCGACGGUUCAGUCCCAAUUUCAAACGUUACUUCCGCAGCAUAGCCUUCCUUCAGCCCGAAGAGGAAGGCAUCGACAAUGAAGCCUGGGCCAAGGCUCGGAACGAUCUUUUGGAGUCGUUGACUAGCGCUGAGGCGGUAGACGACCUUACCGGGGAACUCGUUCGGUUUACUCAUGUCCUGCCCCCUUCGGUCCGAACUCUACGCAUCGUCCUGCAACCGGGAGUCUAUACGGCUCUACCCCUCAACAUCUCUAGUCUCGAAAAGUUGAACAUCGAGCCCGAUAAAAAGACUUUGAGAGAAACCUGGUCGAACAAGGAGGCCUCCGACCGACGCUUUGCGGACGACAAGGUAUACUCGUACAAGGAUGUUUUACCCCUUCACCUAGGGUUGAGCAGGCUCAAGCUCGAAGUACCGUUCUGUUCCAUCAAGCCUGGAGGCUCGCGCGAGUCUCACUGGUGGGGAUACCUCGGAUGGCUGUUCACGUCGGAGGUCAUCGUGACAGACCUCGAGAUCUGCAUGACCUGGCUUCCCUCAACCAUCAUGCCCGGAUUCAUCGAUCUGGAAUAUAUCCGGCAAAACAUGGGAUUGGUUUAUGAGGUCAAAUACCCCAACGAUAAGCUGCUCAAGCCCAAGGUUCCCGGAGGUACGGUGGACGGACCAAUGCGGGAAUUUUGCGCAUCGCUUAUGCGAGGAAAGCCGCUGCUUCGAUCCGUCACGUUCGUACUCAAGGCCCGUUCUCCGUUGAUGUAUUCCCCAGACCAAUUUCGAGAAGUCAAAGUAACGAGGUUGGGAAAGGAGUCGAUCGAAGGUCCUUCUUUACACUUUGACGACCAAAUCGACACCGAGAAAGUGGUAGAAGUCUACCGUGAUAUCACAGACAUCCUCAAAUUCGACUACCACCCGCCAUUCCCGCACCGUGCGACAGAAUGCGAGUUGUUAGAACUCAAGAUAUUGCUUUAUCAAUGGCAUGUGCUAUCAGUCAAUACAAAGGUACUGACCUGUUAG